ACACAAGACGUUCUCUCUUAUCUUUCCAUUAUUUGCAGCGAAAUAUAAUUGUUCCACAUUCCUCGUAAGCAAAACAAAACUGUUUCUACUCCCUUUAACGUGCCAGUAAUAUACUCUUCUCCGGAAUUUUGGUGAGAGUCUGAUAAUUGCGAACAUGUCGAUUACGAGAACCAACUUUACAGUACGCAGUAUUUUAGAUUUGCCAGAUCAACGUGCAAUGGACAACCUUAAUGAUUGGGAUCAAGGAGGUGGAAAGGUUACUCAAUCUUCUACCAUGAGGAGCGAGCUGGGCACACGCCCGCAACGAGACUAUUCUAAAUUGCCUUAUUCUGCGUGGUUUGGUUCUGACAAGAUGUCAUCUGAUGAGAGCGGCAUCGAUCGAGCUUCAGAGGGUCGUGUCCAAAGGAAAGGCUCUACCUCCAUCACGAAGAACGAGAAGAAGAAGAAACGGCGGGUCCUCUUCUCCAAAGCACAAACGUUCGAACUUGAGCGAAGGUUUCGGCAGCAACGUUACCUGUCCGCUCCCGAGCGCGAACACUUCGCCCACCGCCUGAGCCUGACUCCGACUCAGGUGAAGAUCUGGUUCCAAAACCACAGGUAUAAAAUGAAGAGAGCCCAGGUAGAAAGCAGUUUGCAGGUGGAUGUAAACCAGCCUCAACUGGUCCGCAGAGUCGCAGUGCCAGUGCUGGUCAAAGAUGGCAAGCCUUGCCACACUUGCUCUAUUACUUCCAUACAGAUCCGGGACAAGCCCGGACAUACUGUUCACCUCAGUAAUUCCUUCACUGCUUUCGCAGUCCGUGGCUUCCAACAGGUGCAGCACGCUGGGCCGCUGGGCGCCUUCCCGAGUUAUCAUCACCUGCCGCAUCCUGUAAUACGGAGACAACAGUGGAGCUGGUGAAUGGCAGGCACUUUGAACUCCAAAAACUUAUGCUAUUAUUUGAUUACAAAAUAAUAAUGUUAUAGUCCAGCAACUUCGUGAGUAGUGGCAUUUCCCAUAUUAUUAUAUUUUCUGCUAUGUUCUUACACAUUGCGUUUUCAGACCGCUGCCUACCUUUUCAUUUGAUCGUUUCCAGGAAUAUAACUGUUACGUGCAUAUCUUGUUUUCCAAAGGACCAUUUAAAAAAAAGUAAUUUAUAGAUGUAAUAUAAUCCGGAACUAAACAAAUGAAAACGACUAUAGGCCUACAAGGUAUAGAACAUGCCAACAGCACAAGUUGCUAGUUUAUUCGUGGUAAUUUCUUUGGUCUGAAAUAGUAAAUACAGCUUGCAUUGUAUAAAUACAGUUUUUGAAAGUGUGUCAAAUUACAUUUUUCAGUUUUGAUAAGAUCGAAUUUAAUCAAUCAGUUGUUUCGGUAUUGGUAAUUUAAAAUAUUUUUCCAGUGUAAAACAGCUAAUUAGUAUUAUAAACAUGUAACCUUUCAUUGUAAUGAAAUGUAUGUUUAGGUUAGUUGAACCUCCUCGAAUGUUAUUUAACUAAUGCCAAGUGAACAUUUACAAACCCUUUCAAAUUAUUCGAGAAUGGAACAGAUGUUUUUCAGCAUUUCCAUUGAGAAAUAUGACGUUCUAGAAGUUAGAACGGGAGUCUCUUGUGGGUGAAAAUUGUUGAUUAAAUAGUGUAUACUUCAGACGUUCAACAUGGAAAUUACAUCGUUUUGAUUUUAAUUAAUUUGAAUUUGAAAGUCCAGUGUUCUCUAUAUAUUAACCUUGUACAUUUAUACACGUGAGCACGUUGACAGCCGAAUGUUAUCACUUAAUCUUUCGUCUUAGCUAAACAUUUCCACUGAACAAAAGUUAGUUAAAACUUUUGACAAAAACGAAUAUGUUUCUGACAUUAAACACAUAUGUAUAUAAAGUAUUGACUCUGAAAAGAGAUGACAGAAAUAAACAAAUCCAUUAUCUCUAUUACGAACACAUUGGUUGUAUCUAUUGAUAGCGAUGGGCAAUUAAUAUCGUAUAAAAGCCACAAUUCCUUUUCUGGAGAUUGGAUGCUGUGACGUAUUUGUGUCUUGUUGUCAUCGUAAAUGUCUUAUGACAAAAACAAUCCAUGUUUAGUGUAAAAUACUCGUCAUGAUGCACGCAGCGUGAAUACAAUUAUUCGAGGUUUUGGUAGCUCCAUUACAUGGUAAUGAAAUACUUUAGCGUGAUCACGCGACAAUUCUCGACGACUGGCAACAAAAUACUUGGUGUCAGUGUAAAAAUAAAACCAACAUG